AUGUCGAAGCCAAAGGUUUUAGUUAAUCGAGACGAUAUUCCUGCAGCUGGUUUAGAUCUUCUACGCACCAAAUGCGAGCUGACUAUUCUUCCGGGUUCAAAUUCAACCAGGGAAGAAAUUCUUCGAGCUCUACCUGGACAUGAUGGAUUUUAUUUUUUUGGCCAUAUUAAUGUCAAUACAGACUUUUUAGACAUUGCAGGACCUUCGCUGAAAGUAAUCUCAACAAUUUCUGCUGGAUUUGAUCAUCUUGACGUUCCAGAAAUAAAACGUCGAGGAAUUAAAGUAGGGCACACUCCAACAGUGUUAAAUGCAGCAGUUGCGGAAAUUGCUGUAAUGCUACUUCUAAAUGCUGCUCGACGAGCUCAUGAAAGUCGAUCAUUACUUGAAAGAGGCAAGGUUGAAGCUAAACCACAAUGGCUCCUGGGUCGGGAUGUCCGAGGAUCUACAGUAGGGAUCGUAGGACUAGGAAUGAUUGGCUUAGCGAUCGCCAAAAGGCUAGUUCCUUUUGAAAUCGGGCGAUUUUUAUACACCGGUCAUACUCCUAAAAAAUCUGCCGAUGAAAUAGGGGCUGAGUUUGUGUCCCUGGAUGAUCUUCUCAAGCUUAGUGACUUUGUCAUCGUCGCAACUCCACUGACAAUCGAAACCCAUGGACUUUUUGACGACGUAGCUUUUGAUAAAAUGAAGAAAACUGCUAUAUUCAUCAACAUCGGUCGUGGAGCUGUUGUGAAAACAGACGCGCUUUUGAGAGCGCUUAAAGAAAAAAAAAUAUUCGCUGCUGGGUUGGAUGUUGUUGAUCCCGAGCCUCUACCCAAAGAUCACGAGUUAUUAACACUCCCGAAUUUAGAAAUAGUUCCUCAUAUCGGUAGCGCGACUAUAAAAACUCGCAGUGACAUGGCAGUUGUUGCCGCGCAGAAUAUUAUCAACGCUCUCGAGGGAAAACCUCUCGUUUAUCCGUUAAAUAUGUCAAAAACGCGGAAAGUUUUAGUAACACGUGAAGAUUGUCCACAGGCUGGUUUAGAUCUUCUGAGAAAUAGUAAAUGUGAAUUGACAAUUGUUCCGGGUGACUAUCCAUCACGAGAAGAAAUCUUUCGUGCGAUACCAGGACAUGAUGCGCUGUACGUAGUUGGUAAUCAUGUUAAUAUCAAUGCAGAACUUCUGGAUGCAGCUGGGCCAUCAUUAAAGAUCAUCUCAACAAUUUCAUCUGGGUAUGACCACCUAGAUGUACCAGAAAUAAAACACCGAGGAAUUAUAAUCGGCCAUACACCAGUAGUAUUAAAUGCAGCAGUUUCCGAAAUUGCUGUAAUGCUCCUUUUGACUGCUGCUCGGCGAGCUCAUGAAAGUCGUUUGUUACUGGAAGCAGGCAAGUCGGAAAGAAAACCUACGUGGUUGCUGGGUCAGGAUGUCAGUGGAUCUACAGUGGGCAUUGUAGGUCUAGGAAUGAUUGGCUUAGCGAUCGCCAAAAGGCUAGUUCCUUUUGAAAUCGGGCGAUUUUUAUACACCGGUCAUGCUCCUAAAAAAUCUGCCGAUGAAAUAGGGGCUGAGUUUGUGUCCCUGGAUGAUCUUCUCGAGCUUAGUGACUUUGUCAUCGUCGCGACUCCACUGACAAGCGAGACCCGUGGACUUUUUGACGACGCAGCUUUUGAUAAAAUGAAGAAAACUGCUGUAUUCAUCAACAUCGGUCGUGGAGCUGUUGUGAAAACAGACGCGCUUUUGAGAGCGCUUAAAGAAAAAAAAAUAUUCGCUGCUGGGUUGGAUGUUGUUGAUCCCGAGCCUCUACCCAAAGAUCACGAGUUAUUAACACUCCCGAAUUUAGAAAUAGUUCCUCAUAUUGGUAGCGCGACUGUAAGAACUCGCAAUAAUAUGGCAAUAGUCGCUGCGCAAAAUCUCAUUAAUGCUCUCGAUGGAAAACCACUCGUUUACCCUUUAUAA